UCCUUCUUCCACUCUUUACAUUCUUAGAAACGAUUUCCGAUUUAUGUUUUCGCUCUCUUCGAUUGAAAUCAUUCGAUCUCCGAUUUAGGGUUUGCCGAUGACUCUUUACCUUCUCAAAAGCCGAUCAUCGUUUUCUUCCGUUCGCCACCGUUCUUGUUUUAUGAACCUUGGCAGACUUUGGUGUUCUUUCAAAAUCGUCUUUCGUCAUUGGACUUGAUCACUUUUCAAUUUUCAAAUUUAGGGUUUUCGUUUUUCUCUCUUCAAAAUCUCUUUUUUUAUUUCAUUGUUAUCUUCUCUCUUUCGUUCUUAUAACAACGCACUUGAUUCACUCUUUCUGAAUUUGUACUAAUCGUUUUCUGUGAUACGAGGUUUCGUGAAAUUAUUUAGGAUUGAGGUUGUUUGUUCGCUACGACAACAAACAACCUCAGUGUUGAUUUGAUUCAAUAAUUGUUGAAUUGUGUGAUUUUGUUAUUGAAUUUGAUUUGAUGGCUAUACCUAAAUUGGUACCUGGAUUUCGAUUCUCUCCAACGGGAGUUGAAUUGAUUAAAUACUUUCUUAAGAGGAAAGUGUUGGGAAAAAAGUUUCAUAAUGAUGUCAUUGCUGAACUUGACAUAUACAAAUAUGCUCCUUGGGAUCUCCCAGAAUUAUCUUAUCUCCAAAACGGGGAUUUGGAGUGGUACUUUUUCUGUCCGAUUGAGAAGAAGUAUCGAAGUGGGCCAAGGAUGAAACGAGCUACGGAAAUUGGGUUUUGGAAAGCUACUGGUCAGGAUAGAGCUGUUCAACAAAAUAAUCAAACUGUGGGGAUGAUUAAAACCCUAAUAUUUCACACUGGAAAAUCACCACGUGGUGAUCGAACUGAUUGGGUUAUGCAUGAGUAUAGGCUUGAAGAUAAGGACUUGGCUGACAAAGGAACUGUUCAGGAUUCCUACGUAAUCUGUAAGGUAUUUCAAAAAGAAGGUCCUGGUCCUAGGAAUGGGGCGCAAUAUGGGAGACCAUUUAAUGAGGAAGACUGGAGUGAUGAUGAAGUAGGAAUACCUUUUGCUGAAUCGGCUGCACUAGUUCCCAGUUUGCCUGUGACAUCUAAUAGUUCUGUUCUAAAUGAUCAGAAUCUCCAAACUAGUGGAUAUAUUGGUUCAAUAUCCAUGCCGUGUCAAUCAGAAUUGGUGCCUUCUCCGGACCCAACAAAUUCAUGUCAAACAGGAUUGACACCUUCUCCUGACCCUGCAAAUCCAUGUCAAACAGGAUUUAUGCCUUAUCCAGACCCUGUGAAUUCUUGUCAAACAGGAGGAUUUAUGCCGUCUCCCAACCCAGCAAAUUCAUGUCAAACAGGAUUGACGCCUUCUCCUGACCCUUCAAAUUCUUGUCAAACAGGAUUUAUGCCUUAUCCAGACCCUGUGAAUUCUUAUCAAACAGGAUUUAUGCCUGCUUCCGACCCUGCAAAUUCAUGUCAAACAGAAUUUAUGCCGUCCCCUGACCAUGCGAGUUCAUGUCAAAUAGGAUUGAUGCCUUUGCCUGACCCUGCAAAUGAUUCAUAUCCAGACAAUCAAGCUGUUAAUAAUGAUGACGACGAUAUUCUAGCAAUGCUUGAUAUUUUCAAAGGCAAUGGCGUAUUGCCUGCACCCGACCCUGCAAAUGAUUCAUAUCCAGACAAUCAAGCUGUUAAUAAUGAUGAUGAUAUUCUAGCAAUGCUUGAUAUUUUUGAAGAGAACGGCAUAUUGCCUGAGGAAAACAUUGCUGAUGGUGCACUUUUAACUGACUUUUUUGAUGGCUUGGAAGACGUGGAUUGCUCGGCUGAAUUGGGAUCUGAUGGCCAGAAUGCGGACUUUAGCACAUACGGACUGGCUUCUACGGGCAAUGUUGUGGGGCAUGACGACUUCGAUUUCAUGGAGUUGAUUGAUCUAGACUCUGAUACGUUCUGGCAGACCCAACCUGAAAGUUGGAGUCGAAAUAAAUAAAUUUAUGGGUCUUUCGGCCUGAUAUUUUCAGAGAGCACUAUUGCUGUUGUGCUGGCUAGGAGGGGUGAUUCGGGCGUUGGCUCUUUUGGAGAAAGACUCAUUGUUUGAAUUGAGUUGACUUUAUAUAUAUAUUUCCUAAUAAAUAAUAACUGAAGUAUUAUUCUUGUGACUUUAGACUUGUGUUACUUUGCCUUUGAUAAUUGUCUGAGAAAAUUGUGAAUAAACACGCACUUGGUGGUUCACGUUAA